GUUCGCCAGUACCGUGGCGUCCGCCGUCCGCGAGCCGACUUUAAACUGCUCAAUUUGCUGCCACACUCUUCAUACCAUUUUUGGUUUCUUUUUGUGACCGUUUCUUUUUAUUCACUUAUUUUUUUUAGAAAAUAAGAUCAAUUGAUACUCUUAUCAAUUUAGUGACUGUUGAGUUUUUAGUUACUUUUUAUAUUGAGAUUAAUGAAUACUUUGUGUGCUUACAACACGUGUAACAAGAUGAGCAUGCAAAUGAGCUAUUAUUUCUGAUAAACAAUAACAAUAAUAACAAUCGCAGACGUGAGAGUUUAAACGAAAGCGAAAAAAACGUUAAAUAAAAAUGAGUUUUAUAAAUUACACUCAUAAAAAUAAUAACAAUAAUUACUAUUGUUAUUUAAUUAUUGUAAUAACAUUAAUCUCACGUUGUGGAUCUGUGGAGGUCAAGGCCGAUGUCAACGAGACAGAAAGCAAUGAAGUGACGUCUAACAACGUAGAUCACAAUUGGAUGGACGACAAGCCAGACUUGACGCACCCGCAUUCCGUCAAAGGCAAGCCCUCGAAAUUUGACUUAGACACUUCCGGUUCUAUUUACACCGACUCAAACUCACCGUCAGCUACGUCACCUUCCGAGUCGUUGACGUCAACCUCACCGAGUCCAACGAACCCCAACGCAAUCGACAGCAAAACCUGCGACGGUUUGUCGGUAAAAUGUUUCAGAAAAGACUUGGAAUUUUUUUUAGACAGCGCACAGAACAAAGAUGUCCUCAACGUUUCUGAUUCGCUGCAAAUAGUAAAGCGCAGAAAUUUGACGGCUUUCAGUCCCAGGGAAAGUUUAUUUGACAAAGUUCACAGAUUUGCUAAAAAUUACGUCAUGAAAAUAAAUUUAGAUAAAAAUUUAGUCGAUUUACGGCAGCCUAGAACUUUUUUUGGCACUUAUUUCGAUGGAAAGAAUCCAUUUUUAACAGGGUUCGGACUUGGUUUUUUAGCAUUCGGUUUGAAGAAGCUGCUGUUUCCGUUAAUCAUUGGUGCCCAGAUUGUUAAAAGUAUCCUGAUAGCACUUUUUUUGCCGAGUAUCAUUGGAAGUAUUGGUAAAAUGGUUGGAAAAGCAGGAGUUUCGUCGUUUGCGCAGUCGUCGCAAGGAGUCACUGCCCAGCCGGACGAGAACUUUGAAUUUAAGGACAACUCUGACUUCUAUGGCGAGGAUUACAUGGCACGACAGCCACUGGGUACAUUACCGGCCUCCGCGAUGUACGACGAGGGCAUGAUGGUCCAGAAACCAGACUCCCGGUAUUCGUACAUCGAUUCGAGGCUCUCGCCGGCUGCGAUGCUUAAUGACAGAUAUUACACCAGACAUGCCGCUGGUGGUUAUGCUAAAAAACAAGAUUUUAAGGUGUUCCAUGACAUUCCGUCAAGUUCAUUACUCCUAACAAAUUACGACCCGUUUUACUCACCCCUACUAUCGCGACUGGACGCAGUAUUUUCCCGGCUGGGACACACGACCGAGGGGUGUCGCGAAUACGCAGUCUGCGCAAUGUACCGCAGUCCAGCCCGUUUCGCGCCCUAUUCAAAUCUAAUAUCAGCGCAAUUGUCGCGAGAAUUGAACGAGUUGCGACGACCGUCGAGUGACAAUCCAGAGACGCUGAGAUUUUUCCGGUACAUGAAGGCCGCGAAAGACGGCCAGGACGGGGUUAAAUGUGAAGACGUUUACGUAAAUUGUGAAAUAGCGAGAGACGACCCUAGUUUAAGACAAAACCAAGCCAUGCUUGCGACAUAUCAGGACAUCGAUAAGCUCGUCCAUGCCAGAAAAUUUUGGAUUGUACCCAAGCCCGAUGGACAAGUUAAUUUUAAAAGGGCAGAAUCUGAAAAAUCGGGGGUCAAUUUAAACCGAACGCGGCAAGGAAAAGAUUUAUUUGACUGGAUUGGAUUUGGUACUGGCCAGCAUGUAGACCCAUAUAUUGGCAGAAUGAACGAGGCAUGUCUGGGUGGAGAUUUUGCAGAAUGCUUCAAAUCUCGUGCUAUCAGUUCACUAUCUGAAUUUUUUCAAAACCAUGAAUAUUAUAUGAACGACAAUGUCAGAGUUGUGAGGAUGGGCAGAGAUUUGGUGGAGGAAGUAAACCGUCAACCGUACGAAUAUACCAGCGCCCCUAGAUCAGACGACAGUGAGUGGGAUCAUUUGGUAAAAUUUGUUGAAAGAAAAGCGGAAAAAUUCAUAAAAACUGUCGCCAUUGAAAUAAAAAUUCCGUCAUCUGAAACUGGUGAUAAUCAAAUUUAUGCGCCGCGUUUUUUGGACGAAAUUGCUGAUGAAUUAGAUACGCUUGAGAAUAAAAAGGACACACUUUUUUCUCGGAACCGUUUGAAAAAAUUAUUGAUACCGAUGUUAAUAAUUUUAAAAUUAUUUAAAUUGAAAUUGUUGCUGUUCCUGCCGCUGAUACUGGGCCUCGCCUCUUUCAAAAAAUUCUUAGGGUUCUUGGCGAUAGUGAUACCGGGUGUGAUUGCCUUCUUCAAGUUCUGCAAGCCUUUGAUGAACAAUUAUCAGCCGCCGGUUUACUCACAGAGUGGGGUAGGUUUUCCCCAUUACAAAGACACGAGCAAUCAUGGAUUUCCUGACGAUAUUCACGAGCCAAAUUAUCACAAUUAUCCGUCUGAUGGAAAUUCGUAUGCCUCAGACUUAGCGUAUUCUGCUUACAAGCCUUAUUAGGCUUAAUUUAUCUAGAAUAAUUAAAAAAAUAUGAAAUGACAAUUAAUAUUUUUGAUUAAUUAAUUUAAGUAUCUUAAGUAUUAUCUUAAACAUGACGUGGCAUUUUCUUAUUAUUAUUGUAAAUAACAUAAGUUUAUACUUUUAUAUUUAAGUAUUUAAAUUUUGUGUGUAAAUUUACCAUUGUAAGUUUUUAUAUAUUUAUACUUAUAGAUAAUUUGUAAAUAUAAUGAUCAAAUUUAAU